ACAUAAAAUACAAAAAGGUUUUAUUCAUUAUCCCUAUGUUCAUUCGUCAAGUAAUCGAGACACUGCAUGUGUUUUUUGUAUACAUGGUGUAGAAACGCUGUUUUGUGAUUCCAUUCUAUAAUUUAUCAAUAAGCAGUUCGGUUUUGAUCAUGGAUCACAGCGAAAAAGUUAACCGGCCACCUCAUCCAAGGGAUACAGCUAAUAUAUUUUCGCUAUUAAGUUUUGCAUAUUUAGCGAAUUUAUUCACUAAAGGAUUUAAAAAAGAUUUAGAAGAUGACGAUUUAUACGAAGUUGUGGAAAAGGUUCGUUCUAAAAAAUGCGGAAAUAAAUUAGAACACGCAUAUCUUAGCCGAGCGAAAAGUAAAUCUUCAGUUUCAUUUUAUCGAUUAUUAUGGCAGAUGUAUGGACUUCAAUAUGUUGGACUUGGUAUUAUUCAAUUAGCUGUGAAAUUAUUUAUAAGUGUUUUGGAACCUAAUGCUGUCGCUAAUUUAAUACAGUAUUUUACCCCAGGUCAGAUGAAAAUGACAAUUUACGAUGCCCUUUUUUAUGCUGGAAUAAUGAUUGGAGUAAAAGCUUUCCAUUGUAUAUUUUUUCAAAAUUACCACGUUUUCUUAUUAGAACUAAUGAUAAAAAUGAAAGUGUCGAUUACGUCUUUGAUUUAUAGAAAGACAUUAAAAUUAAGUCCUAAAGCAAUGGAAAAGGCAAGCCUAGGUAACAUUAUCACUAUCAUCACCAAGGAUGUACAUCAAAUUGAUGCUGCUAUAAUUACUUUAAACGAAAUUUGGAUUUCCAUGAUACAAACGAUAGUUAUGUGUUACCUUAUAUACAGGAGAAUAGGAAUAUCUUCUCUUGUUGGAAUUUCCAUGCUGAUACUCAUAAUACCAUUCCAAGCAUAUGUAUCGAAACUUAUCCGACGGUUUAGAUUGAAGAUGUUGAAACGAACUGAUGAUCGUUUGCAAAAAACACAGGAAAGUUUAUCGACCAUCAAAACUAUAAAAAUGUAUACGUGGGAAGAUAUAUUUUCACAAAAAAUUGGAGAAGUGAGAUUCAAAGAAUUGAGGACCCUGUUAAAAGCAGCAUACUUAAGAGUAUCUUUGAUAAUAUCAAGUAGUUUGAUCAGUAAAUUUGCCUUUUACGCAAUGAUAAUGACGUAUAUUUAUUUAUAUGAAAAUAUGACUGCUUCGGAUGUAUUUUACAUCAUGAGAAUAUUCGGCACUUUGAGAUUCACGGUAUCAUUAUCAUUUUCACUCGGAUUUACUAGAUUAGGAGAACUUAGGGCUUCUUUGCAAAGACUUAAAAAUGUGCUAGAAUUCGAAGAACUACCUGAUUACAUAGAUAAACGUGACGAUGAUCCACAAAUUGACUUUAGAUCGGCUACGGUAAUUUUACACAAUAAAGAAAUUUUGAAAGAUAUAAAUUUAAAGUUAUCGAAAGGCUUGAACAUUAUUACUGGUCAAUUAGGUUGCGGUAAAAGCUCCCUCAUAAAAGCAGCUUUAAGAGAUUAUCCCGUGGAGGACGGAGGUGAAGUGAGGGUCCGGGGAAGGAUGAGCUACGCCUCACAGGAUCCAUGGCUAUUUCCUUCUUCAAUUAAACAAAACAUUCUUUUUGGUGAAAAAUACAACGAGGAGAGAUACCGGCAGGUUAUAUCAGCCUGCGCGUUAGCGUACGAUUUUGAAAUUUUGGAAAAAGGAGAUGAAACUAUAGUAGCCGAUAGAGGAAUGAAUUUAAGUAAAGGGCAGCAAGCUAGGGUUAAUUUAGCACGAGCGGUUUAUCAAGAUAGUGAUAUUUACCUUAUAGAUGACGCGUUAACUGCCUUAGAUACACGCGUUCAAGAGCAUAUAUUUACAAACUGCAUACAAGGUUUACUUCAAGACAAAUGUAUUGUUCUAGUCACACAUAACAGUCAUCAUAUUAAGUUAGCGGAUAAUAUAGUGAUAUUGAAGGAUGGAAAAGUUGUGUCUCAAACAGAUCAAACUAAUAUAGCUAGAGAACUGAUGGAAGCAUUUGAAACUGUAGAUUCUCAUACGAAAGAAAACAUUGAUAUGAAAACUGGAAGUAAAGAAGAUCCAGUCGAUGAAAAAUCUAAGCUAUUGAAAGGUCCCAAACCACAAUUGCGUAGACGACAAGUUUAUCAUGAGGUCAAAAAAUCUGGUAAGAUAGAUUUUGGAUUAUACAUUGAAUAUUUGAAAAUGGGAGGAGGAAUAUUCAUUGGAAUUCUACUGUUGUUGACAUUUGGUGGUUCCACUUUUGUAGAUAGUGCAUCCCAAAAAAUAUUAACUAAUUGGAUAAACAUCAGAGCAAACAUAACAAGUUCAAGAGAAAAUUUCACAAGAGAAGUAACAUAUUACAAUAGAACUCAUCAUAGUACAAUAGAUAAUCCUGUGAAUUUAACCAAUGUAACAUCUCACAUGAAUACAUUAUACAAUACUGAAAGACAGGAAAUGCGGGCCUCAAAAACAUUACAUAUUUAUACAAUUUUGAUAAUUGCCUUCGCAGCUGUCGAAUUAUUGAAGAAUUAUUGCAUUUUGAAGCUUGGGUUUUCAGCGGCUGUUAAAAUUCACAAUAGGAUGAUAAAUAGAGUGGUGAAUGCUACUAUGGCUUUUUUUGAUAAUUUCUUCAUAGGCAAUAUACUGAAUCGGUUUUCUCAAGAUUUAAGUAUCGUUGAUGAACAUAUCGCAGUAAUUCUCAGUCACAUUAUUUCAUCCGUAUUCCAUUUAGUAGGUGCUAUCGGAUUGAUUGCGACAGUAAAUUGGAAGUUCGUAGUGCCUGCCAUAGCAUUGGCUAUAUUCUCAGUCGUAUUCCGAAAUAUUUACAUACGUUCAGCGAGAAGUUUGAAACGUCUGGAAGCUGCUACUCGCAGUCCAAUGGUAGGUCAUUUAAAUUCGACAAUGGAAGGACUUACUACAAUAAGAGCUUACAAAGCACAAGAUAUUUUAAAAGGAGAAUUUGAUAAACAUCAAGAUCUGUAUAUUAGUGCUUUAUUCACUUCAAUAUGUGUUAGAGCAGCUUUUUCAUUUGUUAUGGAAAUAUCUUCAACUAUAUUCACUGCAACGGUUAUCAUGCGAUUUUUGUUCUUCGAACAAGGAACUGUAGCUGGAGAUGUCGGUUUGACGAUAACCCAAACUGGAAUGCUUAGUAACAUAGUUCAUAUGGCUUUACAAAGCUGGUCAGAAUUAGAAAAUACUAUGACGUCUGUUGAAAGAGCUAUGGAAUACACUACAGUAGAUGUAGAAAGUAAAACUGGUUUGGAAGUCGAUAAUUGGCCAAGUAAAGGAGAAAUCAAGUAUAAAAAUGUGUCAUUGAAAUAUACGAAUUCAGAAGAAAAUGUUUUGAAAAAUAUUUCUUUCGAUGUGGAAGCGAAGAGCAGAAUUGGCAUUGUGGGAAGAACUGGAGCUGGAAAAUCCUCUAUUAUAUCUACUUUGUACAGAUUAUACAACUAUGAUGGAGAAAUUUUAAUAGAUGGAGUGGAACUGAAAACACUAUCUCUCAAAUUUUUGAGACAGCACAUAUCUAUUAUCCCACAGGAUCCAAUAAUGUUUUCAGGUACAGUAAGAAGUAACGUGGAUCCUUUAGAUGAAUACACAGAUGAAGAGAUUUGGAAAACUUUACACAAAGUACAACUUGAUGGCGUUGUUCCUAACCUUCGCACUGAAGUUGGAGACAUUAAUUUCAGUACAGGUCAAAGACAGUUGAUCUGCGUGGCUAGAGCGAUUAUAAGGAAAAAUAAGAUUCUUGUACUCGAUGAAGCUACUGCCAAUAUGGAUCCCGAAACUGAAAUUAUUGCUCAAAAAAUUAUUAAUGAUAAUUUCUCAAACUGUACUUUACUAAUAAUAGCUCAUAGGUUAGAUUCUGUUUUGGACUGUGAAAAAGUUAUGGUAUUGGAUAGAGGACAGAUAAUGGAAUUUGACAGCCCGAAAAAUCUCCUGGAGAAUAAAACUAGCUUGUUUGCAGAAAUGAUGAGAAAUGCAGGAAUGAACCAUCUUACAGAAAAUCCUAGUUCAUAAAAAAGUUUUAUACUUCUGAUAAAUUCAACAAACUAACUUUAUUGUAUUGUCUUAUUUUAAAUUAAUUAAAAGUCCAGAAGCAAAAUCUGAAAUUU